CGUACCAUUCACGAUUCACUCUGGUUUUAUAUCUACUUGUAACUAUUUUGUUUGAUCUAUAUUUAUUUUUAUGAACGCACUCAGAACAAUGACAAGCAUGAACGCAGAAUAUAUAAUCUGUGAUAUGUUCUAUCCUUUUCUCUUUCGUGUUCUGUCAAAGAAAACGAGAAUUCCCAUCUUUCUUCUUUUGUAAAACUUCCUUUGAAAAGGAACAGGACACCUUUAAUUUUCAAUACUGACAACCACACACAGCAGAAUGCCAGAACUUACUGAAUUAGACAAAGCCACCGCAUCCAUGACUGAGAAACGUAAGGAGGAGACUGCAUCUUCAGACAGUGACUCCGAUGACACCAUCCCGGAACUUGAGGAUGCUGGUGCACCAGGCGCUGGCGGAAUCUCCAACCCGAUCGCGGGCAUCGACAUUGUGUCUAAGGCGAAACAGUCGCGUGGUGAGAAGAAGGCACGCAAGAUCAUGAGCAAGCUUGGACUCAAACCGGUACAAGGUGUCAACAGAGUGACCAUCAGGAAGUCCAAGAACAUCCUGUUUGUAAUCAACUCACCAGACGUUUACAAGAACCCACACUCGGACACAUACAUUGUGUUUGGUGAGGCCAAGAUUGAAGAUCUCUCACAACAGGCCACCAUGGCAGCUGCUGAGAGGUUCAAGGCACCUGAGACUGCUGCCGCUGGCAACGAUGCUGCUGCUGCUGGCACGACGGUCGCACCUAUCGCUGAAGAGGAGGACGAAGAAGGCGUGGAUGAGACAGGAGUUGACGAGAAGGAUGUGGAGAUAGUAAUGUCACAGGCGAACGUGUCGCGAGCGAAGGCGGUGCGGGCGUUGAGGAACAACCAGUCCGACAUCGUAAAUGCUAUAAUGGAACUGACAAUGUAAAGCAGACAAUCUUCACAACGUUUUUUAAUGUAACUGUUCCUAGUUUUAAGUAUGUAUUAACAUAGCCACGCGACUAGUUCGCACUCACUGAUUCGGAUCCAAAGUAAGGACCCUAGCGAGUCGGGAAGUUUAUACGGAAAAGGGAAUGUAUAUAGGCAUAUUUACUUUCAAACAAUAAAUAAUAGAAAUACUA